CAAAGAAGGUGACGAACAAGGCAACGCUGUGGUACGUGCCCCUGUCCCUGAAGAACGUGAACAAGGUCCUGGAGGUUCCCCCUAUCCAGUACGCGAGGAAGGAGCAGGAGGAUGAGGGGAAGAAGCGUUACGAGGAGCAAAAGCUGGAUCGGCUGGAAACUAAGCAGAGGAACGGCGACAUGAUCUUCCCUGUCAUCAACCCAGACAGGCAGACGAAAGAGCCUCACACCGUUGGCUACAGCCAGUCCAGCCUGAUCCACCUGGUGGGCCCGUCUGACUGCACGCUGCUGGGCUUCGUGCACGGAGGUGUCACCAUGAAACUGAUGGAUGAGGUCGCCGGGAUUGUGGCUGCCCGGCACUGCAAGACCAACAUCGUCACCGCCUCGGUGGAUGCCAUCAACUUCCACGAGAAGAUCAAGAAAG